AUGUCGUCUCCUCGCCCCGCGUCUCUCCCCGCCCAGGGCAAGCCUCCACCACCCUCGCCAGGCUCGUCCGCCGCUCAGCAGGGCCAGCAGUCCAAGCCCAAGAAGCAGCCCUCGGCAAAGGACCAGGCCAAAGCCGCAAAGGCCGCCCGCCGCGCCCAAAAGGUCCAAGACGCGCCGUCCGCACCGACAGACGCAGACGACCCCGCCAAGAAGGGCCAGCAGGGCCAGCAGAGCACCGCAAAGGGCAAGAACAACCAGGCCAAGGGCGGCGCCCAGGCGGGACAGGGCAAGGGCGACGGCGCGUCCGCACUCGCGCACCAGGGCGGCGGCGGCGGCGGUCAAGGCGGCCAUGGUGGCCAGAACGGCGCAGGGGGCCAAAAGGGCGGCAACGGAGGCGGCGGCGGCGACUCGGCGAGCGCGCACGGCGGCGCAGCGAGCGACACGCUCCAGCCCUUCCUCCACCUCGACCUCCCGCUCCCUUCGUCGAGCCUGAGCCACUCGGCAAAGAGCUCGACCGCCAACCUGCACCCGAGCAUCAUCCGCCUCGCCCUCCAGUACUCCGAGUUCAAGGUUGUCGGCGCCAACGCUCGCUGCAUCGCCAUGCUCGAGGCGUUCAAGGACAUCAUCUCGUCGUACACGCCGCCGCCGCAGACGUCGCUCACGCGCCACCUCCCGACGACGCACCUCAACCCGCAAAUCGCCCACCUCAUCCGCGCCCGCCCCUUGUCCGUCUCGAUGGGCACCGCCAUCCGCUACCUCAAGUACGAAAUCAGUUUGAUCGAGAUGGAGAUGGACCUCGACGAGGCCAAGCAGCUCCUCCUGUCCAAGAUCGACUCGUUCAUCCGCGACCGCAUCUUGCUCGCGUCGAGGGUCAUCGAGCAGCACGCCGUCGACAAGAUCAACGACGGCGACGUCAUCCUCACCUAUGCCCGGUCGAGCGUCGUCGAGGGCGUCCUCCUCGAGGCCAAGCGCCAGGGCAAGGAGUUCAGCGUCGUCGUCGUCGACUCGCGGCCGCUGUACGAGGGCAAGCACCUCCUGCACUCGCUCCGCCUCGCGUCCAUCCCGACCACCUACGUCCUCCUCCCCGCCCUGUCGCUCGUCCUCCCGCGCGUGUCGCUGUGCCUCCUCGGCACGCACGCCCUCCUGUCCAACGGCAGCAUGUUUUCGCGAGCGGGCACGGCCAUGGUCGCCAUGAUGCUCAGGGAAAAGGGCGUCCCCGUCGUGUGCUGCUGCGAGACGUACAAGUUCUCGGAGCGCGUCAUGCUCGACUCGAUCGUCGGCAACGAGCGAGCCACGCCCCUGCCGCUCCCGUCCGACCUUGCCUCUCCCGCCGCCGCACCCACCACCACCUCGAAGCCCUCUACCGCCGCCCCGAGCGCACCCUCCCUCCCGACCAACCUCUCGCCCCUCUCGCUCCUGUACGACGUCUCGCGCCCGGAGGAUGUCACGGUCGUCAUCACCGAGGCGGGCCUCAUCCCGGUCCAGAGCGUGCCGGUCCUCCUGCGGGACUACAAGCCCGUGCAGGGGAGGAACUCGUAG